GGGUGGGAUUUGUCCUUAGGAAGGGGCAAGUGGGAGGUUACGCGGCUUGGGAGGGCGAUUGCCUGCCCCACUCCCGGCUGAGGAAGGGGAGGUGGUCGGCUCCAGGGGGCCGUUUGGAGGGCUCUUGCAAGGCAGCGCGGAGGGGCGCGGAGCGGGGGAAGCAGCCACUCGCGGAAACUCUCCGGAGACAUUGCCCCAUUGACGCAACCAGGACGCUGAGCCAACAUCUGUCCUUGAGGCUGGGAAAAGGCCACAAAUGAGUGCAAUACUUCUGAAGACUGGGGAGUCAUUAUGGAUAUAUGUGACAAAGUUGGAAGCACACCUAAUGGAGCAAAAGACUGCCUUAAAGCUAUUUUGAAGAGAGUAAACCACAAGGUACCCCAUGUUGCUCUGCAGGCACUAACUCUAUUAGGAGCCUGUGUUUCAAACUGUGGAAAAAAUUUCCACUUGGAAAUCUGUUCACGUGACUUUGCCAGUGAAGUACGUGUUAUAAUUAAUAAGGCUCAUCCUAAAGUAUGUGAAAAAUUAAAAGCUUUAAUGGUAGAAUGGUCGGAAGAAUUUCAGAAAGACCCACAGUUUAGUCUAAUAUCAGCAACUAUUAAAUCUUUAAAGGAAGAAGGGAUUACAUUUCCUACAGCUGGGUCACAGAGUCCAUCAAUGACUGCCAACAAUGGUGCAUCAUCUAGCAAAAACAAAGAGGAUGAAGAUAUUGCUAAAGCUAUUGAAUUAUCUUUGCAAGAACAAAAACAACAACAAACAGACACAAAAUCUUUAUACCCAUCUGUAGAAGUUCAGCAGAACAAUCAGAAAUUCUCACGAAAAGUGCGAGCCUUAUAUGACUUUGAAGCUGUCGAGGACAAUGAGCUUACCUUUAAGAGUGGAGAUAUUAUUGUUGUUUUGGAUGACAGUGAUGCCAACUGGUGGAAAGGAGAAAAUCACAGAGGAGUGGGAUUGUUCCCAUCUAAUUUUGUGACUUCUAACUUAAAUGAUGAAUCUGAGUCAGCAGCAACUGUGGAUAAGAACUCUUCCUUUGAAGAUAUUGCUGAGGAAGUUACAAAAACUGAGCCUGAGCCAGUUUACAUAGAUGAGAAUAAGAUGGACAAGGCAUUGCAGUUACUUCAGAGCAUAGAUCCAACAGAUCCUAAACCUGAUUCUUCUGAUCUUCUGGAUUUAGAAGAUAUCUGCCAACAGAUGGGUCCCAUGAUAGAUGAAAAACUAGAAGAAAUUGAUAGGAAGCAUUCAGAAUUGUCUGAAUUAAAUGUUAAACUGAUGGAAGCUUUGGAACUCUACAACAAAUUAAUGAAUGAAGCUCCUAUAUAUUCUACAUACUCAAAGAUGAAUCCAUCCCCACACUACCCACCAACAUCCGCAGGCGUAGCGGUGCAGCCUUAUCCCAUGCGUCCUCAAAGUGGGAAUUACGUGGUUCAUGGCGUUUCUCAAGGCUACAGUCCAGGGGGUGAUCAGAUUGGUCCACUGAGGCCUUUGCCCCAUACUAUAAAUUCUUCAGCAACACCUCAGCCAACUCAGACAAGUUAUUUAAGGUACUUCUUCUCAGCAAGCACUGGUUUAGAGUCUGUGUCCAGUCCUGCUUAUGUAAACCAGAAUUCCUGCCUCCCACCUGCUGGAGCAGUUCCUUACACCCAACAAGUGGGCUUGCCUGUGGAUAUGCUAGCUUACCAGAACAGUGCUUCUAGCUUGCCUCAAGCAGCAUGCUAUCCAGCAGUUCCAGCUCAUUCACUUCCACAACAGCAAACGAAUUACCAUCAGCAGCCUCUGCUGUGAAAAUGCAGAGUCCGUUCGCAAAAACAAUCCUGGAUAUUGCUGACCCUUGUGAUAUAAUGGCUCCUCCAUUGAUUUGAGAGGAUAUUCCUGCGCAAGGGGAAAGGCAAGCAAUUUCAGAGUAAACGUUAAUUCAAGUUUAACUGUUUUUCUGCAUAGUUGUUUAAAUAAGGUGAACUGCUAGUAUGCGUGCGUGUUUUUAAAGCCUUAAAAACUUGGCUUAUGUAGUGUUCUUUCUCCUCCCUAUUUACCAUGAAGUCUGUCUGAAGUAACUUUUCCUUGUAACAAGUUGCAAAUGAAGUUUUGAAAACAAGUUUAUAUAUACCUUACUUCUUGUUUGUUCUUUCGAACUUUAUUAAUACCAUUAUUUUUAUGGAACUUUUGAAUUUGAAAUGCUAUAUUGAAACAUCAUCUAUUCAGCUAAUUUGCUUUUUGGUUUGCACACUUGCUAGAUCAUCUUGAUAGAUUUCAUUUUAUGAUUAUACAAUAAAGCAGUUGUGAACUUAGGAGAAAACAGAAGAGGUUAAUGGCUAUUAUGGUUUCUGCCCAACUGGAUUUCUUAUUUACAUUUCUCAGAAAAUAGUGUCAUUUAUUACUGUGCAGUAGAUCUUAUUCCCUCUCAAGGAAGAGAGGAUCUGAGGAGUGCAUUUUUUAGUAUAUAAGUUAAUUUCCAAGCACAAGCUACCCUCAUGGAACGAGAAGAACUUGCUCUAUUUUUUCUCUUUGUUUUCAUUAUCUGAUGCUGCUAAAUACCUAGUCACGUGAAAGAGAAACCUUUUAAUAUUAAAAAUGCUUAUUCUAUAAUUUAUUCACAGCAGAGGUGCAUGAACAAAUUUAUUUUGCCUUAACUACUAAAUAUACAUUAUUCAGGGUAAAAGUAACUACCAUGACAAUGGGUGGGUGGUUCGAGGGGUCAGCAGUACUUUCUCUUCUGAUGGCAAAAGAAAAGAUGCUCAUUAAUUCCUCAUUGCCUGCUUGCUUUUCCAAGUAUUUAACAUAAUCAUCUGCACAGAUGUGUAUGUAACUUAAAUAUGGCUAAUUGAUAUAUUACUUAUGAGGGUAAGUUGAAUAGAUGAAGGAACAAAUUGAGAUAAGCAAAUGAUUAUGACUUAGAUUCAUGAAAAACUGAAGAUGUUUAUAGAUGGUCCCCAGAGGUUUUCUGCAGAGUAUGUUCUACAAAUACAAGUUUCUUUGUAGUUAGAUCCAUAUUUGUCCAAAUCAGAUCUGAGUGUUGUGAAGUGGCCACUUUCUCUUCCUAUACUGGUUCUAACCAGGCUGUAUCAUGGCAGUAGUCAUAUGCAAUUUCAUUUUGGACCAAUAAGUCUUGUGUAUGUGGUUGGAGGCUAUCACCAGAAAAAACUCACUUGCUGUCCAUUUCUUCAUGCCAGUUAAUAUAUGCUUAGAUUUUUUUUCUUGACUACUUUUAAUUUCUUUUUUACCCAGUAAUAUCAAAAAUAACAAAAUGGGACAUUUAUAGGUAAUUUCUUUUCUCUUUCCAAAAUAAAGUAUUUCAAAGGGCGCUCUUUAGAAUCCUUAUUUAAAGCAAGGUUAAUUAUUUCUCACUCAACUUAAUUUUUUUAUAAAUAAAAUUGAGGUUUUGAAGGCUACAGUUCUUUCAUAUUUAUCAUUGCAUUAGGUAAUCAGUUUUUAUUGAUUCACAAUAUUUGAUACUACAUUAAAUGGUGCCCAAUAUCUGACUGUGAUGUUGAGUUGAAGCAACCUUUUUCAUUGUUCUUUGUUCUUUAUAUAUAAUAUAUAUAAAUAAUAUGUAUAUAUCCACUUGUCUGAGAUUUUAUACACAACUACAUAUAUACUCACUGUCUAAAAAGAAAUCCUAGAAAUUUUAUAUUUGCAUUUGGCAUUAUUGCUAACUGCUAUAAUCUUACAACACAUUUAUGCAGAUUGUAAAUAUGUACAAAUUCUGAUGUUAAAAUUGUGUAUUUAGUGUUUUGGUGUCAAUGGGGAUGAUCUUCCUUCCCUUUUCUAGACUAAAAUAUUAUUUAUUGCUAAGGUACGAUCAUAAUUAUGCUGUUAAAGGAACUGACAACAGAUUUCCAUAGUUAGGGCUCAAACUCCAUUGAUAUCAGUGAAUGUUUAGCAGUUAUCAGUGGAAUUGAGAAUGUAUCGUAGGAGUAUGCCUAUUUUUACAUUAAAAACAAACAGCACAUGCUUUGCUUUCAUAUAAGUUAACGAAGUAAACAGAAAUUUCUCACCAUUUUGUAAUGAGAGUUGUGUUGUGCUUUUGCCACCCAUGGAUGUUAAAACGAGAUAUAAGCUAACUUUGGGGGCCAUUUUUCUUUCCUUCCAUUAAAAAUGUAUGCUCCCCAUUUGAAUGAUGCCCAGUAUCAUUAUUUGUUAAACCUGAAUCAACUUUUUAAAGAGGUUAAUCCUUAAAAGAAUGUUUAGUGCUCAAAGAUGUCAGUGUCUGUUACAUGCAUUAGAAAAUCGCAAUGCCCCCAAAAUAGUAAAAUGGCUAGAUUUUUAAACAGACAUCAUUUUUGUCUGUUGGCUUAGAUUUCAUUUGCAGAUGUUUCCACUAUCUGUAAGCUUGUAGAAGAAUCUGAUGGAAGACUAGCUAUGUCAGUUAUUGCUGUUUUAUUUUUACCUGAGUCUCUUUCUCUUAUCUGUGUAUCCACAUGCUAUUCUCCCACAGAAUGAAAACUCCUUAAUUCCCCUUUUUCCUCUGCAUACAUCCCAGAUCUGCUCCAGAGGAUGGGGUGACUCUUGGGCAGAUUUGGGAAGGGCAUGCAAGUAAGCCCUGUUGUGUGAGCAGCCUUCUGCUCGCUUAAUCUUAGACGUAGUUCAUUUAUUGAGAAAUACAUCACCAUGUUACACCUAAGCUGGUUUUGUUGCAAUAAUCUUCAUAUAUAAAAGGGUUGACUCUCUUUUCUCCUGGAAUAUUAAGUCUUGGAAACACAUGGAAACAUUCUGUAUGACACUAAAUUAAAUCCUGUUGAUUUUUGACCUCAUUUCUAAAAGGAAAAAGGGGUGUUACAGAAUGCUUGAAUCUGCCUUCUAACAACUUGUCAUGUGCAGGAAGUUCUCUUUGUGGCUGCUUGUCCAAGUUUAGACUAAGAGAUUUUUUUCACACAACAAAAUGCAUUUUGAGCCUUUUGAUUCAAUACUUUCUUCACGCAAUCUCCAGUAUUAAGUUUUGAAUCAGAUUAUAUGAAAUAUCCAUCCAGCCCCUUGUCUACAAGAUAGUUGCGCUGACUUGUGCAAAUAAAGCUUUUUUAACAGA